CUCUAAUGUGCAUGCAACCAACUGGAACACAACAUGAUUUGGGUCUAAGUGUUGUUUCCACUAAUGUUGACGGUGAUGAUACACUCCACAUCAGAGUGCAAUCAUACGCUCUUCUGUGGAGACUAAUUUACAGUGGACCUGCUGAAAAAUUGAUCUGCAAACUGAUUGGUCACCGUCGACCGGAGAGAAGAAACAGGUGAAAUAUGGCGAACAUCUUGGGUCUCGGUCUUCUUUGCUUACUCCUCUGGCCGGAGCAGGCGGAGGCUCAGUUUCCUCGAGUGUGCUGCACGGUGGAGGGGAUCCUGUCCAAGCAGUGCUGCCCUGCUCUGGGUCCAGAUCCUGCCGAUGUCUGCGGCUCCCUGUCAGGGAGAGGGAGCUGCUCUGCAGUCCGAGUCGACAGCAAGCCCUGGGGAGGACCGUACAGACUGAGGAAUGUCGACGACAGGGAGAGGUGGCCGACCAAAUUCUUCAAUCAGACCUGCAGAUGCACCGGUAACUUCGCAGGUUAUGACUGUGGCCAGUGCAAAUUUGGCUGGACCGGACCCAACUGUGACCAGAGGAAAGCUACUGUGGUGCGGAAGGACAUCCACUCCCUGACACCCGAGGAGCUCCAGGAGUUCCUGAACGCUCUGGAACUGGCCAAGACCACCAUCCACCCGGACUACAUUAUUGCCACCCAGCACUGGCUGGGACUCCUGGGACCGAAUGGAACCGAGCCACAGAUUGCCAACAUUUCCAUCUACGACUUCUUUGUAUGGCAACACUACUACUCAGUGCGAGACACUCUUCUUGGUCCCGGUCGCCCGUUCAAAGCCAUUGACUUCUCACACAAAGGUCCGGCCUUCAUUACCUGGCACAGGUAUCACAUUCUGAGCUUAGAGAGAGAGCUGCAGAGACUGACUGGCAAUGAGAACUUCGCGAUCCCCUACUGGAACUUUGCCACAGGGCAGAGUGAGUGUGAUGUGUGUACCGACUCUAUGCUGGGGGCCCGACACCCUGACAACCCCUCGCUCAUCAGUAACCAGUCCAGGUUCUCCAGAUGGGGGGUGGUGUGCAACAGUUUGGACGACUACAAUCGCCUGGUGACUCUUUGUAACGGCACCAGCGAGGGUUUCAUUCAGAGAGGGAUUAUGGAGCAAAGUAACAUGUCUCUGCCUACGAUGAACGAUGUCAGAAGCUGCCUUGGGAUCAGGGACUUCGACAGCCCUCCCUAUUUCACCAACUCGUCCUUUAGUUUCAGAAAUGCUCUCGAAGGGUACGACAAACCAACUGGCGAACUGGACGAGUCCGUCGACAACCUUCACAACCUCGUCCACUCCUUCCUCAACGGAACCAGCUCUUUGUCCCACUCUGCAGCCAACGACCCCAUCUUUCUGGUGCUCCACGCUUUUACUGAUGCCAUUUUUGACGAGUGGAUGCGGAGGAUCGACCCAUCCAACGCCACCUUCCCAGAUGAGAUGGCCCCCAUCGGGCACAACAGGGACUACAACAUGGUUCCUUUCUUCCCUCCGAUCACCAACGAGGAGUUCUAUGUCGCAUCUGAACAGCUGGGAUAUUCCUACGCCAUUGCCCUAGAUGAUGCAGACGGAGGGGCGACUGUGUUUGUGCUGGGCUCCACUCUUGGGGGAGUCUUCGUCGGUCUCCUGGCGCUCCUCCUUAUCUUCGUGCUCUACCUGCGUCAACAAAGAAACCGCGGCUUUGAACCUCUGAUAAGAGCAGACUUCACAAAUAGAAAGUACACAGAGGAAGCCUAGAUUUCACCUGUUGUUCUGAAAUGCACUUCAGUACUCAUACAUACGUAGGAAAGAUGGAGCAGCCCAUCUUCAAUGUCCUGUAAGCCCAAUUCGGACGCAAAAGAUUAAUGUUAAUCUUUUAAAUGAAUGCCACUUGUACAUUUUAGAUAUUUAGACACACAUGAAUAAUAAUGUGAAUUGUGCUAUCCACUGAAACAUAUUGAUACAAUAACAUUUCAAAUGAAACUAAUUGAAAAUAAACAUAUAUUGUCUUUGAGAACUAUCUUUUUUGCCAGCUCAGCAAAAUGUGAAACUUUAUUUCUAUACGUGCCUUCAACACAUUUUUCUUUUCUUUUCAACAGUCGCCACAAGUACAAAUCUAUUGGAAUGUUUUUAAUAAAUAUUUAUUCUCAACAGUAACAAAACACAAAUGCGUUCAUCGUAAUUGCACUGGAAAACAAUAAGGCAUAUUUGUUCAUCUAG